GUCACUGCUGUCAUAUGGAUAUUGGGACUUGCCAUGGUAGUGGUUAUUCUACAGGGCCUAUGAGGACAACAUUCUCCAGGUUUCUUUGGUCACUCUUCUUUGUUUCCAUCCCAGCCUAAUGAGAAAGUAUGUUGUAGGCUCUCUACGGAGGUAAGGACUUCUGAUGCAGAUAAUGUUUGCCUUUUUUAUUUCAAUUUGGAAUGUAGAUGAGCAGGAAAUAGUUGAGUCGAUAAUUUCAAGAUUGGCUGGAUGAAUGUCUGGGAGGAGCUUUGAGGACCUGCUCCAUAAUGACAUAAGAGGAUUAUGAUGUUCUCCUGUUAUGGGUUCAAAGCUUCUUCUUACAGUCACCUGUCAGAACAUGGAAUCUCAAAGUUCCAGCUGUAAGUGUUCAUCCAGCAUGCCAAAGGGCAUUGCUCGAGGCAUGAAAUUUGUGUUCUAAGUUAGCUAUUCUUGGACAAAACACAUAUAAAGGCAUUUCUGGAACCCAGUUUCAUUUCAGUUCUCCUUAUAGGCCUUGGUCUAGUGUCACUGGCUUCAUCUAGUUGGAAGGGACUACAUCAGAGCUAGUUGCCCUGUGCUCCCUUUAAAAUCAGGAGAGAUCCAGUCACUAGAAUGUAUGGGGUGAUCCAUUUCACCCUAAAGAAAAGUUUUAAAGCAGGGCAGAUGGCUUUUUCCAUCCAGUUGACUGUUCUGUGCCUUUCGUCUUCCCCCUCUCAGAUACUGCACAUUCCCCUAGGUUUUACCUGUGACAGGCUUUGCAGCAACCAUUAAGGACUCGUUCCAAAAUGACUGAGCACUUGAUAUGAAGUCUGUUCCCAUAUUCAUCCUUAGAACUCCCUCCUAGUCAUGUGUCUGAUGGAAAUCUUCCUAAAUGGAUGGACCCAGCGGUUUUCCUGCCCCCAAUCCAUGUCCCUUUUGCCUGGGUGUUCUCUGUGCUGACUGAUGGCUUUUGGACAGAAGAUGAUGGAAUCUUAAGUCUGCAUUUAAUGAAGCCACCAUACCUUUCCAUGUAAUUUUUGUUCCUUUUCCACAGAGAGAUGAAAGCCUAGGACUGGUCAUCUGACAGAAUUUACAGAUGUAUGCUCCGAUCCCUACUCUUAAUAGUCUCAGCUCUAUAGAGAAUGGGAACUGUCUGGAAGUGGGAGGUGGAAGGGGCAGGAUGGAGGACAAAGAAUUGAGUAUUUAACUCAUUCCAGACAUUGCCAUGGAAAAUUUGCAUUUCCGUAUUAACAAGGGAGGCAAAUGUCACAGAAGCCUCAGCUCAGCAGGAGACGAUUUUGCUGAAGAGGUAGUCCAAACUUUUGACCUGAGGGAAACUAAAUAUAGCACGUGUCACCCAAUAGACUUCAAAGGACUUGGCAAUAGAGAUAAGAGUGGCUUGAAGAUGAAACCCUCUGCUACCUAUGAGCUGUUAGUAGACAGUGUUGGAGAAUGGGACUUCACUGGUGGUUUUGUUCCUUGUGAGCUGCUGCUUGUUGGAGAGGAUGCCUACCCUGUGCUUCUGAGCACUGAGAAGCAGGUUCUGAUCGCUGUUUCACGGUAUGGGAAAGGCAAGAUGGUGGUUGUUUCCCAUGAGGGAAUCAUGAAGAGCUCCAAGUUUUCCCAGUUCCUCAGAAAUGCCGUUGAGUGGCUCAAGCCUUCCCCUGCGGCCCUGGUUGGGUCCCAUCACCGUUUGGAUUCCCUCUCCCAGCUGCUCCUCAGGGCUGGCAUCAAAGUCGAGGCUGGAGCAGAGCUCAGCACCCACCACGGGGUGUACUGUAUGGAUGCCUAUGACAGCACUCAGGCAAAAGACGUGGUUAGCUUUGUAAAGGAAGGUGGAGGCCUGCUCAUUGGAGGCCAGGCUUGGCACUGGGGUAGUCUACAUGGGAAGGAGAAGGUGCUGUUUGAAUUCCCUGGGAACCAGGUGACCAGUGUGGCUGGUGUGUACUUCACAGGAAAUGCUGUAGAGAAAGGGAUCUUCAAAGUUGCCAAGAAAAUUCCAAAGAUCCCCUUAACUGUUCCACACCAGGCCAAUCUUGGCCUUGAUGCUGCUUUUCUCCUACGUGGUGUGUCCGAGCUGGAUAUGGUGACAGGGGGCAUACCCUCCAUCUUGCUGGUGCAUGGUGUACUCUCCUUCCCACUCUGCCUGGACAGCUCACACCGCUGCCUCUUAGCUGCAGCACGCUAUGGCCGAGGCCGUGUUGUGGUGGCAACCCAUGAGAGUCAGCUCUUCUCCCCAAAGAUGGCCAGAUUCCUGCUCAAUGCUGUUCACUGGCUAGAUGCUGGGAGAAAGGGGCUGGUGGGUGUGGAUGCCAGCCUGAAGAAACUGUGUGGCCUCUUACAUGAGAAAGAGGUGAAGUCACAGGUAUCAGAGCUGACAAGCAACAUGAGUGUAUACUGCUGUCCUUCUUACAGCGACAAACAGGUGGAGACGAUUCAUGCUUUUGUGGCAGAAGGAGGUGGCCUACUGAUUGGAGGCCAAGCCUGGUAUUGGGCUUCCCAGAACCGCAGCAAAGCUGCAGUGGCAGAAUAUCCUGGCAACAAAAUCCUCAACCGUUUUGGGCUGAGCAUCCUGGGGCAAAGUGUCCAGGCAGUGAAGCUCCCAGUCGCAGUGUUUGGGGAACACUACCACUUCCGCAAGGCACUCUCUCUUUUCAAGAGCCAUGUAGACAAGGUUGAGGAUCUCAAAGCUCCCUUGAAAGACUGGCUGUCAAGGCUGGCACAAGACUGUGCUGCCUUUCUGCGCAUCCCUGCCCAGGACUGCCCCGCAUAUGCCUCGCUGCACCGCAUACUGGCCAAAGUACUUCACCAAAGUGGGAUCCCGCACGUCAGCAGGCACAACCCUGUCAAGAGCAACUCCAAAGAGGCAGCCCUGCUCUACAUGGCAACUGAGCUGUCAUACACCAUGACAGACUGUGCAGCCCUAGUGCAGAAGUGUGCCACUGGGGUCUGUGCCCUUCCUGUUACCGUGGAAAUCGAUGGCACUAAUCCAGGUAAGACAGCCUGGAGGAGUACAGGACUCUAUCUCCCUGAGGGUCACACAGCCGUUAUAACAUUCCCUUGUCGGCUUGUCGGUGCUGGUCUGCAGGUGCAGGUUGGGUGUCAUGCGGAUGACCUCUCUAAUGCCAAAGAGCUGAAACGAGCCCCAGUGGUAAUACGCACCUGUGAUAUUACCUGCCAGAAACAGUCAGUUUCCUGCCUCUGGGGUGGCCUCAUUUACAUCAUAGUACCGGAAAGGAGCGUCCUGGGGAAAGUGCCCAUCACUGUAGAAGGGGCAGUCAGAGCUCCUUUCUUCAAGCUUGGGGAGACCUGUGAAAACCAGUGGAAGGCCUGUAUCCGACAUUACCCUGCUCCCUGGGCAGAACUGGCAGCUGAGAAUCUCAUCCUGACGGUACCAGCUGACAGUAUUCGCCACUUGGAGAACCCAAAACCACUGCUGACCCUGUGGGAUGAGAUCAUGGUGGCAAUAAGCAAAUUGGCAGCCAUACCAACGAAGUUCCCAAGGCCAGAGAGGAUUGUAACAGAUGUCCAGAUCUCAUGUGGCUGGAUGCAUUCUGGCUACCCCAUCAUGGGUCACAUCGAUUCAGUGAAGGAGAUGUUAGAUGUGAAGCACAUGAAAACUACUGGUCUAUGGGGUCCUGUCCAUGAGCUGGGACACAAUCAGCAGCAGCAAGCAUGGGAGUUUCAGCCUCAUACCACAGAGGCCACCUGCAAUCUCUGGUCUGUCUAUGUGCAUGAGAAGGUGCUGGGGAUUCCCAGGCAUCAGGCACAUGGGGCACUUAGGUCACAGUGCCGGGAGGAAAGGAUAAGAGAGUAUCUGAAGAAAGGUGCUCAGCUAAAGGACUGGAACGUAUGGACUGCUCUGGAGACAUACUUGCAGCCUGGGGAUGGCCUAUCAAGAAAGAGCUGUCUGAGGAACUCUCCUCUUUACCCAUAUGGGAACAGGACCCAAUGAAGUCAUAUAGAUCAUGAAAGAAAAAGAUCUGAACUUUGAUUCUCAGAUAAGGUACAGCCUAUGUUUUAGGCUGAUGAAAUGGAAGUUUUCAGGAUGGAGCAAUCAUUGGAGUGGUCUCAAGUACAAUACCAAUAGAAUAUGGAUCUCUAAAGCAAAUAGCAUCCUCCACAAUUCUGUAUUCUUUAGCUGUAAUCUCAGUAACAUGAGAUGUUCACUAUAGACAUGAUUACCUAUAAAACUCUUCAUCUUUAAAUCUUUAAACUAUGCAGAAGGUCCACACCUACUAUCAUGAAAUUGACCUUAUAAUGCUUAUAUACAGCUUAUAUAUCAGCUGAUACUAAAAUGUUGUAGAUUUCUUCUUGCUUUAUAUUGUGUGACCCAAUGUCCAGCUUUGUGUGAGUAAGUCAAUGCUGAGUGGUAGCCAUCACUCUUACUGUAGUCUGUGGGCAAGAUACGAGCCAUGAAAUAUGUCAGCAUAGAAACAAAGAAGAGGUGACUUGCUUAUAGUAAAUAGUGAUCCAACUCCUGGACUCAUCAGAGACUGAAAACUAGGCAAUGACAUGACAGCAUGAAGGAGCAGUCAGGAGCAGGACAGCAGCACAGCCAGCAUUUUUGGAGGACCAACAGACAUUGUUUCCCUCACUGCACUCAUGAUUGCUUGACUAGCACAACACACUGUGCUGACAAGUGUUUUAAUGCUUUGUCUAGUAGCAUACUAGUCCGGACACACUCCUUGUGUAUCAGCAAUAAAUAAGACGAUUCUGGACUUGCAGGCUCUGUGUGUUCCUACUUUCAAGUCUCUAUGUCCAGUU